AUGGCGACACCCAGGGUCCUGGGAGCCCUGCUCCUCCUGCUACUGGCCGCAGGUAAGGGAAAGCCCAAGGCCACCGAGAGGCCCAGAAACACCUGCCUGGGGCUCAACGAUGUGGACCAGUACGACAACUUCAACUUGCAAGAGAAGGCCCAGUGCUUCACCAAGUGCAACCAGGAGGGCGGUGACUUCUGCGAUUUGGGCAACUUGCAGAGAUACUGGCUGAACUAUGAGACCCACCUGGUGGAGCAGAGUUCCACUGAGCAGGUGAACACGUCUUCCGUGAAGGCUUUGGUCCGGAACUUCCGAGUAGACAACGCAGAAGACCUGUAUUUCUCUUUGAAGCCCUCACAGGUUCCGAGACAAGUAAUGAAGGAUGAGGAAAAGCCCCCUGACAGGGUCCGGCUUCCCAGGAGCAUUUUGGGAUCCCUGCCCAGCAACAGAUCUGUGGUCCGCUUGGCCAUCACCGUGCUGGACAUCGGUCUGGGAAAUGUCUUCAAGGGUCCCCAACUCAGCCUGAAGGAUGGCGGCAGCGUGUUGAACAACCACCUGGUGGGCCUGAGUGUGGGCCAGACGCCCGUCACUGGGCUAGCCGAGCCUCUGGAGAUCACCUUCUCCCACCAGCGCCAGCCCCCCAAUAUGAUUCUCACCUGUGUCUUCUGGGACAUGACUAAAGGGCCCACUGGAGACUGGGCUUCCAAGGGCUGCUCCACAGAGCUGGGACCCGAGAGAACUGUGUGCCGCUGUGACCACCUGACCUUCUUUGCCUUACUGCUGAGGCCCGUCUUGGACAAGGCCACCGUGCAGGCCCUCACACGCAUCUCGCAGGCAGGCUGUGGGGUGUCCAUGGUCUUCCUGGCCUUCACCGUUGUUCUCUACAUCGCCCUGAGGCUUUCCUGGCAGAGGUUCAAGUCAGAAGACGCCCCCAAGAUCCACGUGUCCCUGAGUGUCAGCCUGUUCCUCCUGAAUCUGGUCUUCUUCAUCAGCGUGGGGAGCGGCUCCAAGGGGUCCGAUGCUGCCUGCCGGGCCCGGGGGGCCACCUUCCACUACUUCCUGCUCUGCGUCUUCACCUGGAUGGGCCUGGAAGCCUUCCACCUCUACCUGCUUGCCAUCCGGGUCUUCAACACCUACUUCAGUCACUACUUCCUGAAGCUGAGCCUGGUGGGCUGGGGCCUGCCCAUCUUGAUGGUCAUCGGCGCUGGGAUCGCCAACAGCUAUGGCCUCCACGCCAUCCGUGACAAGGAGAACCGCACCUCGCUGGAGCUGUGCUGGUUCCGGGAAGGGACGGCCAUCAAUGCCCUCUAUGUCACCGUUCACGGCUAUUUCCUCAUCACCUUCCUCUUCAAUGCCGUGAUCCUGGCCCUGGUGGCCUGGAAGAUCUUCACACUGUCGAGUGCCACAGCGGGCAAGGAGCGGGGGCAGACCCGGAAGGGGGUGCUCACCGUGCUGGGGCUCUCGAGCCUGGUGGGUGUGACAUGGGGGCUGGCCGUCCUCACGCCCCUGGGCCUGUCCACCAUCUACAUCUUCGCACUUUUCAACUCCCUGCAAGGCGUCUUCAUCUUCUGCUGGUUCACCAUCCUCUACCUCCCAAGCCAGAGCACCACAGCCUCCUCUUCUGGCACUGCGCGCCUGGACCAGGCCCACUCAGCAUCUCACGAGUAGGGGGUUGGCCCCACACGCCUGGACCAGGCCCACUCUGCAUCUCAU